GACUAGAAAGACAGGAAGACUGUUAGUAGGCAGAUAAUGUUCUGUUUCAUAAUCUGGGUGCUGUUAUGGGGUGGAAGGUUUUCAGAGCAAAGUCUGUACACUUUUCUCUGUAGGUAUUAUACUUAAAGAAAAAAGUACAUAAAUAAUGGUUCAGCCUGGCCUGUGGUUGUUCUGAAGAACAUUCAUUUAUAUUAAUGGGGUCCAUCAUUUGGAAGGUGAGCCCCAAGCAUCAUCAUUCUUAUUCAAGUCCAAUUUUCGUGUAGUGGAGUUUUGGAAUUGGAUUCAUGGGAGGCAGUCCCAUAUGGGGGAAACAUGACAACCUUCCUGAGACUUGAUGUAAACUGGGAAUCAUAGUGAGAACUAAUAAUUUGCUCAUAGAUUUGCUGUAGAACAAUUACCAUCCUUACAGAAUUCAGAAUUGACAACGUGCAAUAUUAGAAUGAAAUGAAAUUUCAGUAGCCUAAAUGGCAAAGAAUUAAAAACUGCCUUUCGAAAUGAGAGUAUGGAACAGAACCAUAUAUUCCAUAGGAAAGCUAUCCUUGCAGUUAAUGAAAGAAUUUAAGAUGCUAAAAUUGUAUCUUAACAUUAGCUUACAAAAUUGGUAUCAGAAAGCAAAUGCCAUAAAACAGGUAUCCCAGCAACAAGGUGGUGUUAUUACUGAUGUAUUGUGGGGAAUGUAGUUUCAGGCGCUGGGGGACGUUCCCCUAUCCUUAGGAAUUGGCGAGGAAAAAUGACUCCCCCGGCUGUGACCUGCCUGGUGGCGUGGGAUGACCACCGCAAGAGAACAUUUUGACCCUUCCCGGGACCAGCCCGGGCGGGGCGGGGUGGGAGGCGGACGCACAUCGAUGGCGUCACCUUCUGGCGCCGCCGCUUGGUUUCCCUGGCAACUGGAGCAAUCAGGGCACCGCAGCGAGAGAGAUGCUGGCGACACGACAGCGAGAUCCUCUCCAGGCCCUGCGGCGCCGCAAUCAGGAGCUGAAGCAACAGGUUGAUAGUUUGCUUUCUGAGAGCCAACUGAAAGAAGCUCUAGAACACAAUAAAAGACAAGAUAUUUAUCAAAGAGUUGGGGCACCUACUGAAGAAGAGGAAGAAAGUGAAAGUGAAGACAGUGAAGACAGUGGUGGGGAGGAAGAAGAUGCAGAGGAGGAAGAGGAAGAGAAAGAGGAAAAUGAAUCUCACAAACAGUCAACCAGUGAAGAAUACAUCGCUAUUGGAGAUUUUACUGCUCAGCAAGUUGGAGAUCUUACAUUUAAGAAAGGGGAAAUUCUCCUUGUAAUUGAAAAAAAACCUGAUGGUUGGUGGAUAGCUAAGGAUGCCAAAGGAAAUGAAGGUCUUGUUCCCAGAACCUACCUAGAGCCUUAUAGUGAAGAAGAAGGCCAAGAAUCAAGUGAAGAGGGCAGUGAAGAAGAUGUAGAGGUGGUAGAUGAAACAGCAGAUGGAGCAGAAGUUAAGCAAAGAACUGAUUCCCACUGGAGUGCUGUUCAAAAAGUGAUCUCAGAGAUAAACACUGUUGAUGUGUUAACCACGAUGGGAGCUAUUCCUGCAGGGUUCAGGCCUUCCACACUCUCACAGCUUCUGGAGGAAGGGAAUCAAUUUCGAGCAAGUUACUUCUUACAACCAGAGCUCAUGCCUUCACAACUGGCCUUCAGAGAUCUGAUGUGGGAUGCUACAGAAGGCACUAUUAGGUCGAGACCAAGUCGUAUUUCAUUGAUUCUGACAUUAUGGCACUGUAAAAUGAUUCCUCUUCCAGGAAUGAGCAUACAGGUUCUCAGCAGACAUGUACGCCUCUGUCUAUUUGAUGGUAAUAAGGUUCUGAGCAACAUUCAUACAGUCAGAGCCACAUGGCAAUCUAAAAAGCCCAAAGCAUGGACCUUUUCUCCCCAGGUUACUCGCAUCUUGCCAUGUUUGCUUGAUGGUGAUUGCUUUAUCAGGUCUAAUUCUGCAUCUCCAGAUCUUGGAAUAUUAUUUGAACUUGGAAUUUCUUACAUGUGCAAUUCAACUGGUGAAAGAGGAGAGUUAAGCUGUGGCUGGGUGUUUCUUAAACUUUUUGAUGCCAGUGGAGUUCCUAUUCCAGCAAAAACUUACGAGCUUUUCUUGAAUGGUGGUACUCCUUAUGAAAAAGGUAUUGAAGUGGAUCCUUCAGUAUCCAGAAGAGCACACGGUAGUGUUUUCUACCAGAUGAUGACAAUGAGAAGGCAGCCUCAACUUCUAGUAAAACUGAGAUCCUUGAACAGAAGAUCAAGAAAUGUACUAAGUCUACUGCCAGAAACAUUAAUUGGAAGUGUGUGUUCUAUUCACUUGUUGGUAUUUUAUCGACAAAUUCUUGGAGAUGUGCUUCUGAAAGACAGGAUGAGCUUGCAAAGUACUGAUUUAAUUAGCCAUCCCAUGCUGGCCACCUUCCCCGUGCUCUUGGAGCAGCCUGAUGUGAUGGAUGCCCUCAGGAGUUCAUGGGCUGAAAAAGAAAGUACAUUAAAAAGAUCAGAGAAGAGAGACAAAGAGUUCCUGAAGUCCACGUUUCUCCUGGUUUACCAUGACUGUGUGCUCCCACUUCUCCACUCCACACGCCUACCCCCGUUCAGGUGGGCAGAAGAAGAGACUGAGACUGCACGAUGGAAAGUUAUCACUGACUUCCUUAAGCAAAACCAAGAAAACCAGGGCGCCCUCCAAGCUCUGCUGUCACCAGACGGAGUUCAUGAACCUUUUGACCUUUCAGAGCAGACCUAUGACUUCUUGGGUGAAAUGAGAAAGAGUGCAGUGUGACAGUGGCAGCCUCUAGCCCUCAGCUUCCCACGGAAUCAGAUGGAUCCUCCACGAUUACGUGAGUAAAAUGAUGGAACCAAAAAUCACUGUCACUUUACAACUUAGGUUUUACUCUUUUCUUUCUACAGACCAUAUUUUUAAAGAUAUGUUUAUACAAUAAUUUAAAUAUUUUUUAAAACUAUGAAAUAAAUUUUUUUAAGGAAUACUGUUAUAUCUAAAUUUAAACAGUAUUUAUUUUUUUCAAAAGCAGCUACUUAAUGGUAUAGAUUUCUAUAAAAGCAAGAUUUUGUCAAAAACAAAAUUUAUGAUUAUUCAAGAAAGUGAAAAAAACAACCUAUAGAAUGGGAGAACAUAUUUGCAAAUCAUCGAACUGAUAAGGGUCUAGUAUCCAAAAUAUUUAAAUUUAUGAGUGUUAAUAAAAUUUAUCUUGUUCAAUAAAGAGGAAGUUAAAGU